AUGCAGCAGGCUUAUGCUCAGCAGUGGAAUGCGGCGCAGCAACUGUCGUACGAACGGCAUACGGCGGAGUUGACGAAUUGCAUCAUCGCAUUCUUGAGUCCCAUCUUACCUACGGAAGAAGAGUACCGGAUCAAGGAGGCCACAAGGAGGCAAUUGGAGCGACUUGCUGGCAAAGUCAGUCCGGGCGCUAAGCUGUUGGCAUUCGGUAGCAUGGCGAACGGAUUCGCUCUCAAAAAUUCUGACAUGGACUUGUGUUGCUUAAUCGGCAAAGACGAAAAUGGCAAGACACCAGAAUUUAAUGCGUCUGAAUUGGUGGAGACGUUGGGCAACUUAAUACGGCAAGAGACAGACUUUACAGUCAUGCCUCUUCCCAAGGCUCGCAUACCAAUAAUCAAAAUUAGCAGGCCGGCGAGCGCCGAGCUCCCUUACGAAAUUUCUUGCGACAUCGGAUUUGAGAAUCGCCUUGCAUUAGAAAAUACCCGUUUGCUCUUGAGCUAUGCGAUGGUCGACCCACCACGACUGCGCACUUUGGUGCUCUUCUUGAAAGUGUGGACGAAAAGGCGGAAGCUCAAUUCGCCGUACACAGGCACGCUUUCCUCAUAUGGCUAUACCUUGCUCGUCUUAUUUUUCUUGACACACGUUAAGCGCCCAUCUGUCCUCCCAAACUUGCAGAGAAUCCCGCCGCCGAGGGUACUGACGCAAGAGGAGAUUGAGCUGAAUGGCCACAACAUUUACUUCUACGACGAUGUCGCCACCCUGCGGCAGGAGUGGGCCUCGCAAAAUACUGAAAAUGUCGGAGAGCUUCUGAUGGACUUUUUCAGAUAUUUUUCGAAGGAAUUUGCGUACAGUCGAGACGUGAUCAGUUUGCGGACCGAGGGCGGGCUCGUACCCAAGGACGGCGAUGCUUGGUCGGCAGAGGUGAGUCCACUUUGUAUUGAGGAUCCCUUUCAAGUGGGCUACAAUGUAUCGCGCACAGUCACGAAGGAUGGCUUAUACACCAUUCGAGGCGAGUUUAUGCGUGCCACCAGGAUUCUGACUAGCAAGCAAGGCCGAGUGUCGGUUGCGCUAGCCGAGCUAUGCGAAGAACGAGAAGAUAUC